UCAGAAAGCCGGCUGAGCUCACGCACGUACUCACGCGCAUGCUGCUGCUGUGGCUCAGAGCUCUGUGCCGGCGUUUCCAGCAUGUUCCCCGCCGCGUCCCCUGCCGCCAGGUGUCCCGGGGCGCGAAGGCGAGCAGAGCUGGGUGGGAAGAAACGAGGAAGAGCAGUGUGAAGUGGCAGCAGCUGGAGCACAAGGGCCCAUACUUCACCCCGGCCUAUGAGCCCCUUCCUGACGGAGUGCACUUCUUCUAUGAUGGCAAGCCGGUGCAACUGAGCUUGGCAGCGGAGGAGGUCGCUACCUUCUAUGGGAAAAUGCUGCAUCUUGAGUGUACGACCAAGGAAGUCUUCCGGAGGAACUUCUUCAGUGACUGGCGGAAGGAGAUGACAGCUGAGGAGAGGAAACUCAUCACACACCUUGACAAAUGCGACUUCACGGAGAUCCAUAGGCACUUCAUGGAAAGGGCUGAGGCCCGCAGGACCCUGCCCAGGGAGCAGAAGCAGAAGCUAAAAGAAGAGGCCGAGAAGCUUCAGCAGGAGUUUGGCUACUGUGUUUUAGAUGGCCACAGAGAAAAAAUAGGCAAUUUCAAGACGGAACCACCCGGCUUGUUCCGUGGCCGAGGUGACCAUCCCAAGAUGGGGAUGGUGAAGAGGAGGGUCAUGCCAGAGGAUGUGGUCAUUAACUGCAGCAGGGAUUCUAAGAUCCCUGAGCCCCCAGCCGGUCACCAGUGGAGAGAGGUCCGCUCAGAUAACACCGUCAUGUGGCUGGCUGCCUGGAUGGAGAACAUCCAGAACUCCUUCAAGUACAUCGUACUAAACCCCAGCUCCAAGCCUAAGGGGGAAAUGGAUUGGCAAAAGUAUGAGGUAGCACGGCGCUUGAAGGGGGUUGUGGACAAGAUCCGUGCUCAGUAUCAGGCUGACUGGAAGUCACCAGAAAUGAAGAAGAGGCAGCUGGCCGUGGCCCUAUAUUUUAUUGAUAAGCUGGCACUGCGGACAGGAAACGAGAAGGAAGAGGGGGAGACGGCUGACACCGUGGGCUGCUGCUCGCUCCGUGUGGAGCAUGUCCGACUGCACGCGCCCUCCGCAUGCGGCCAGGGGCACGUCGUGGAGCUGGACUUCUUGGGAAAGGAUUCCAUUCGCUAUAAGAACCAUGUGACGGUGGAGAAGCUUGUGUUCCAGAACCUUCAGCACUUCAUGGAAGACAAGGGCCCUAAGGACGACCUCUUUGAUGCACUGACAACUUCCAGCCUGAACAAGCACCUGCAGGACUUGAUGGAGGGGCUGACGGCCAAGGUGUUCCGGACCUACAAUGCCUCUGUCACUCUGCAGGAGCAGCUGCGGGUGCUGACGCGUGCUGAAGACAGCCUAAUCUGCAAAGUCUUAGCUUACAACCGGGCGAACCGGGCUGUGGCGGUCCUCUGUAACCAUCAGAGAGCGGUUCCCAAGACCUUCGAGAAGUCGAUGCAGACACUCCAAAAUAAGAUUGAAGCAAAGAAGGCACAGGUGGCUGAGGCGCGGGUGGAGCUACAGAAGGCGGAGACUGACCUCAGAAUCCUGGACCGCAAACCCAAAAGCAGCGUCCUUCAGAAGCAGCGGCGGUUACUGAAGCUGGAGGAACAGCUGGCCAGACUGUGCGCGAAGGCCACAGACAAGGAGGAGAAUAAGCAGGUGGCCCUGGGCACCGCCAAGCUCAACUACCUGGACCCCAGGAUCAGCAUUGCCUGGUGUAAGAGAUUUGAAGUGCCUGUAGAGAAGAUCUUCAACAAGACCCAGAGAGAGAGGUUUGCCUGGGCCUUCAACCAGGCAGGCGAAGACUUUGAAUUCUAAGCAGCCUCUUUGCCACUGGAACUUAACUUUCUCACUGUGAAGCAGUAUUGCAGUUUUCUAUAAUAAAAUGUUGGGGGAA